AUGCUGACGGUGAUUUUGCUAAUAAUUCUUCAGGCUUCGGCCUCCUCAGGUCGCCAAGAGAGGCAGCCCUCCCAGCAAGCAGAUCAGAGACUCUCGACCGGUCUACGCCAGUCUUUCAGACCUCGAUACCGGACACUUCCUCCAUCAUCAACUACCACAUCUCGAGCCCCAUCUGAAGGCAUCGAGAGGCGGGCUCCGCGCAGGCCAGGGCACAAGUAUCCAUGCGGAUGGAGCCAAACUAAAGACAACAAUCCAACAUCGACUGCCAAGGUCAUCACAAGCGCCGGCCCGUUUGGGACUGUUCAGAUCCUAGCCAGCACCAAAGGCCCACAGACUGGUUAUAUACCAUCAUCCCUUGAGACUCGCGGACAUUUGAGCACACAGCCUAUCUUAACUAGUAUCAUACCGCAGCCGACUUCCUUGCUUUCAACCUCUUCAACAAUAUCAGUUCCCACAACAAGCUUGCCCACCGUAUCUACGAUGCCUUCCCGUGAUAUCUUCGCCGACCCCAUAGCGACGGAUGCACCCCCGUCCGCCAUUAGCACGAAGAAAGACCACCCGGUGCCUCGGCUGGGAAUCAAAGGGACGGCGCCCUUGUCAACCAACAAAUUCUAUGCCAACUUCUUUUUGGGCAGCCAGACUGCUCCGUCGUACCUCCACCCCUACUCAGUGGCCUGGGCGCAGGGAAAGGGGGCCUCAGCGAGCUGGGGAAUAGCCAUCUCUCACAUCGAGCCGACCCAAAGGGUUUAUGGCCAAACAAAUCCCACGACAGGGGCUGCAUCGUACUUUAUCAACCCUGUCGGCAUCCAGUCUGUCUGUAUCUCGGCCAAGGAGUUGGGUGCGGCCACCACACUGACAACUGAAUCGUUGACGGACUUUUCCGUCCGGGUUUGCCUACGUCCCAGCGCGACGGCCCAGGCCGCGAUACAAUUCCCACUGGUCCAGGGUUCGGCCUUUAUCACCGCAAUCUUCAAUGGAGCGUCACCUCUCAUCCAGACGGGCGUGUUCUACAAGACGGUGACGCGGUCAACCAGAGAGGCAAAGCCCGGCGUCACCAAGUACAAGCUCCAUCUGGAAGACGGAACCACAUGGCUGCUCUACGCGUACCAUACAAAAGGCGACGCACUGGAUCUCCAAGUCACCAACAACGGACUCGCCGAGUCCAAGGGCCCCUUUUACGGGGUCAUCCAGGCGGCUAAGGACCCUGGAAAUGGCGAGACCAUGUACGAUGAGGCAUGCGGCACCUAUCCGACAGAUGUCGAGCUCUCUGGGAAUGCCAAUGAUAACAAGGGCACAUACACGCUGGCGUUCAAGAAGGCCGGGAUGCUCCUGACGACGCUGGCCAUGUUUGCGCUGCCGCACCACCAGAGUUCGUUCGACGACGCAACACGCGCCAACCUGACCAGCGUCAAGCUGCAGACGACGACAAAGGGCAUGGCAGCCGCGGUCAUGGCCGAUUCCUGGACCAUGGUCGAGGACGAUCUCCCCGUUAACAUGAGCUUUGUGCCUUGGUCCCCAAAGGCCGGCAGCAUCAGCACCCUCUCCAGCACGGCCAAGACGUUUAUCCGCAACAUUGCCAUGCAGGAAGUGUCGCAGAACAUACUCCAGCAGACAAACCAGAACUCCAUGUACUUUAGCGGAAAGGCGUUAGCGAAAUUUGCAACUGUUUUGAUGUCCAUUAACGACAUCCUGGGAGACAAAGCGCUGGCAGAGGCGGGCUUGAACCAGCUGAAAGUAGCCUUCUCGCGCUUUUCGGAGAACAUGCAGCAGUACCCGCUCGUGUAUGAGUCUGCCUGGGGAGGCGUUGUCUCAUCGGCCACAUACGUGACGGGCAACUCGGGGGCAGACUUUGGGAAUACCUACUACAACGACCACCACUUUCACUACGGAUAUUUCAUCUACUGUGCCGCCGUCAUUGGGCAUUUGGAUCCCACGUGGCUGACCGACGCCAACAAGGCCUAUGUCAACAUGCUCGUCCGCGACGUCGCGAACCCCAGCGCCAAAGACAAGUUCUUCCCUGUCUGGAGGUGCUUUGACUGGUUCCACGGCCACAGCUGGGCUCAUGGGCUUUUUGAGACACUAGACGGAAAGGACCAGGAAUCGAGUUCAGAGGAUUCCAUGCACGCAUACGCGAUCAAGAUGUGGGGGACGGUGUCUGGGGACCAGAAUAUGGCUGCCCGGGGAAACCUCAUGCUAGCAAUCCAGGCGCGGGCGAUUCAGGCUUAUUACCUGUACACGAGCAACAACACUGUGCAACCAGCGCAGUUUAUCGGCAACAAGGCGGCGGGGAUUCUGUUUGAGAACAAGCUAGACCAUACGACGUACUUUGGUACCAACAUUGAGUACAUCCAGGGGAUCCACAUGCUGCCUCUGCUCCCGCACACGCCGCUAGUGCGCACACCGGACUUCGUUGCCGAGGAGUGGAACACGUACUUUGGCAACGGCCGCGCUGCCGACAUUGUCGGCGGCUGGAAGGGCAUCCUGUACGGAAACUAUGCCACCAUCGACCCCCGCGGUGCCUACGCCUUCUUUAGCUCGCCCGGUUUCGAUCCCAGCUGGCUCGACGGCGGCGCCAGCUUGACCUGGUAUUUGUGCUAUUCGGCCGGUAUGUCAUUUUCGUUUCUCUCCUUUUUGGAGGCGUUUCCUAUUGGUAUUUUGCUGACAGUGAAUCUUUUCGGCACGAAGCUCUCGGUGGACUGUGAGUCACUUGCAAACUGUUCCUCGGUCAGGCGACUGUAG